CCUCCCAUAGCCAAUAUACAAACGUGCUCUGUUGUAGUCUGCUGAGAUAAUUUGAGUUGCCUGACGACUUCGUACAUCCAAAUUGACCCAUUAUAUCGUCAGUCGUUAACGCACCACGCUACGGUGAGCACUGUUUACGUAUUAUCUCUAUAUAAUUGAAACAAGUAUGGGUCUCGAUAUCAAAUCAGUUUUGAUAGUUGAUGGAGUUGGUGCAAAUUGCGCCGAAAUUCUCAAUUCGCACAACAUAAAAGUGACGACGAAAGCAAAAAUAACAAAAGAGGAAUUAUUAAAGGAAAUACCCAACCAUGAAGCUCUGGUUGUACGUUCCGCGACACAAGUGACGAGAGAAGUGUUAGAUGCGGGAUCUAAGCUGAAGGUCGUGGGCCGAGCGGGUGCUGGGGUUGAUAAUAUUGACGUUGCAGUUGCGGGUCAGAAAGGAAUUGGUGUUAUUAAUGCUCCGGGUGCGAAUGCCAUGAGUGCAUGCGAGUUGACUUGUGGCUUAACACUGGCUUUGGCGAGACACAUAGUUCCUGCGGCUUCAGCACUCAGAGCUGGUCGUUGGGAGCGUACACAGCACACUGGCACAGAGUUAAAUGGCAAAACUUUGGCCAUUUUAGGACUUGGCAGGGUCGGCCGGGAAGUUGCAAUCCGAAUGAAUGCUUUCGGGAUGAAGACCAUCGGCUUCGACCCAUUCGUGACAGCUGAGCAAUGCGCACAGUUCAACACCACAAAGAUGGAGCUGGACGAAAUUUGGCCCCUCGCUGAUUACAUCACCCUACACACUCCACUCAUUGACUCCACGAGAAACUUUAUCAACGGUAGUGUCUUGAGUCGAUGCAAGAAAGGCGUUAAAAUUAUUAAUGUAGGUCGAGGUGGUCUGAUCAACGAGCGUGAUUUCUACGAAGCACUUAAAUCUGGUCAGGUUAGCGGUGCAGCUCUCGAUGUAUUCGAACAGGAACCACCCACGGAUCCUUUGACUUUAGAAAUUAUUCAACAUCCAGCUGUUAUUGCUUCUCCGCAUCUUGGAGCGUCUACAAAAGAGGCCCAGAUUCGCGUAGGGCUUGAGAUCGCCGAACAACUAGUGAAUUUGGUGAAGCCCGGAACUUACACAACACCACUUGCUGAAGUUACACGAGUACUUCCAAAAUAAACUCAAUCAUGUAAUCGUUUACAUUACAUAUUUAUAAAAACCUAUUGUAAUUCUCUCUACUUGUACAAUAAAAUAAGUGAAAAAUA